UCGAUGAAGGACAUGUAUCGCAAGGGAUCUUCGCCCUUUUGUUGACCAGUUUCUGACCUCAAGUCGAUUGCGAAUAUCAAUCCUCUUCGACAGCCGUGGGUAUGUUCAUUGCGAGGAGCGAUAUCUUCCAAAGGGAGAUGCUGGCAUCGGUUUCCGGUUGCACAAGGUGUACACGCUCAACCUGCUCUUGUGUUGAGUUGAUUCUCCUCCAUCAUUGCGUGCAACCAGCUCCGCCGGCAUGUCGAUACUGGAAUCCAGGGCGCAGGUUGCUUGCGGGUGGCGGUCAACCCAGUCGAUAUUCGCAUGUACUACUGCGAAAGGUGUCAUCAUCUGAGUUCGCACCUCUGGAGCAGAUUGUUGGGGGCAGUCUGUUGCUCUUUCUGUUACUCGGAGUUCUCAAAGGCGGCAUUGCGCACGGCGAAGCUGUUCACACCAAAGCAUGUUUCUGCGCGUAAUGCUCUGAUACUAUGCCAAUCGUACAACGACUUCGCCAGAGCCAAGUAUAUGCCUGAUGAAGGUUGCGCUACCACCCAGCAGGCGUAGAU